AAUAAAUCAGGCACAACUGAUGCGGCGUCGUUUCGAGGUAAGACAGAACUCGAGACAAGAAGAUCGGAAGUCGGAAGAGAGCCAAAACGGUUCAGGUUUGGUGGGGGAAAGUCGAUAGCACGGCGUCGUUGUCCUUCUUUUAGAUUCACGUUCCGAGUUCUGCGAACUGGACCUCAAAAUCCCAAACAAACCAGGGGGAGAGUUAAAAUUUGAAAAACAGUGUGCUAGAAAGUCUUAGUGGUUUCAUCUGUAAUGGAUGUAAAAGCUCUGGCUAAGUCAAAGAGGGCUCAUACUCAACACCAUAGCAAAAAGCCGCACGUCCCUCAUACAAAUCAAAAACCAAAAGCCCCGUCUGAUGGGAGUAACGUUGCUCGAAGUGCAAAGAAGCCAUUGGAGAAGCCAUUGGGAAAGCCAUUGGGAAAGCAAGUUACAGAGAAAAGCCAUCGGUCUCAGGGUGUGUCUAAACUCCCCUCGAAUUGGGACCGCUAUGAGGAAGAAUUUGAAGAUCCGUCAGGCAGUGGCUCAGGUCAACCUUCUGAUGUUAUUUUGCCCAAGAGUAAAGGAGCAGACUAUCGUCACCUGAUUGCUGAGGCUCAGUCUCAGUCUCAGUCAAGUUUAUAUUUGGAUGGUUUUCCUUCUUUGGAUGAUGUUAUGCCUGGAGAAUUCAACCAGGGACUAGGCCCUAUGCUGUCGGUUAGGGGAGAAGGCAUUCUUUCGUGGAUUGGAGAUAAUAAUUUUGUUGUGGAAGACAAGAUAGCUGCAACUCAUGAGGCAUCAUUUCUCUCCCUGAGUUUGCAUGCUCUUGCUGAGAAACUUGCAAAUAUAGACUUAUCACAGAGGCUCUUCAUCGAAGCAGAUCUAUUACCAUCAGAGCUGUGCGCAGAGGGAUUAAAGACAAGCAGAUCUCAGGAAUCUGAGCAGAUAAAAACAUGUAAUAGUGAAGUCGCCACAACAAUAUCUGAAGAGUUUUCUGAGAAGGUUAGGAUUGCAAAUCAAAAUACUGAGCGUACAUCAUAUGGCUCUUGUGGCAGCAACGAUGCAGAUCGAACCUUGUCUAGCCAAGGGACAAUUUCAGGGACUGCCGUAAAUGUUGAUCUGAGUGAAGCACCAGAGUCAACAGAAGAAUCCAAUUUGAAUUCUGUUUUGGAUCCACAAAAGAAAGUCUCUACAUUUGAGGCAGCAGCUGCAGAAGAGGACUUGGAUAUGCUUCUAGACUCUUUUAUUGAGACCGAGAAGGUCACUUAUCCCUCUGGCAUCAGGUCCAAUAAUGCCUUUCCUGUUUUCCAACAAGAAGCUUCGUUUUCAAAGCAUGUCCCAGAUUCAUCUAAAACUUCGCCAGUUAUUGCUGAUCUUGAUGAUUCUCUUGAUGACUUGCUUGAGGAAACAUCCAAUGUGAUGAACCAAAAUUGUUUAUCGCAGUCCCUCGAAGGAAAGUCCAGCCUCGGUAUUGUUCAAUCUUCUUCCUCGCAUACUGGGACCAAGUCCCAGGUGUUAGAUGACUUUGAUUCAUGGUUAGAUACAAUUUGAUUGUUUUUUGGGUUCAAAAUGCAUGUAGUUCUUGUAUUAAAUUUUUGUUCUCCCCUUACCUUCCAAGUAAAACUCUGUUGAGGGUUCUUUAUGAUGGUAAACAGCCACUAUAGCUGCUGCACUUGUAUGGUGGUUCACUGGUUCUGGUGGUGAAAUUUUCAAACCCUGAUAUCCUUGGAAACAA